AUUCUAAUAUACUUCACCCUCUGUAUUUAAUAACAUAUUAGUUGCCAUGUAUUUUAGGAAGAGUUAUGAUACAUAUACUGAGGAGACUGAAAAUUAGAGCAGUAAGUGUGAUUUGGUCUUCAAAUGCCACAAUGACAAUGAUUGUCCUGGCCCACUAACAUCUCUGACAUACACAUAGAAAGCAAGUAUACAUUUAAUAUUCGAUGAAAAACAAUGUCACUCAAUUUAUAAUUUUCUAGUAUAUAAUGCUACGAAUGAUUAUAUAACGUUAUGUGUAAAACUCAUAGAGAACUAUUUGAUGAAUCAAAUUUAGUUUUUUUUAACCUGAAUUCCUUAAAAAACCAGAACACAGAAGAAUGGACAGAUGCAUUAGUACCUACAUUAUAAAAACUAUAACCGAAACUGAGUAGUAGACGGUUCAAUAAUCGAAAAGUGCUAGGAUUCAUUGAAAUGUAGAAAUUAAGUGCUCAUUGAUUGGUACACACCAAUGCUCAAGACUACUUGAGACGUUUUAGUUCAUAGUGGUGUGUUUGAUGUUUGACAAACUUUUCGAUUUUCUUUCACCAUGAAGACAAUAGUUACUUUUCAAAUGUUUUCUAAAUUUUAAUACAUUUUACUCAUGAAUUUUUGAUAACGAAAUUUAUCAAAAAAAAGUUAAACUAGGGAAAUUCACCUUCAUAAUUUUGCAAAAUGCUUCGUUAAAAAGAGAAAAAGAGAAAAUCGUCUUGAUUUUCAAAAUAAUUGGAUUUCUAGUUCUCUAUACAAACGACGAUAUAUAUGAAUGUUUUUUAUAAAUCAAUUAUUAUCAAAAAUUGUAUCAAGACUUGCAAUAAACAUUGAAGAAUAUAAAAAACUCAUUUUAAAUCCCAAAGCACACACACUAUAUGAUAUUCCCUUCGGAAAACUAUAUCAACGCUUAUUAAAACAGUAUCCAACUGAGAAUUUACUCACUUUACUUCUUCAUUUCGAUGGCAUCGGUUUAGUCAAAUCCACGAAUUUGAAACUGUGGAUUUGUGAUGCUAGUAUUGUCGAACUACCACCAAAUUUACGAUACCGCAGAUCAAAUAUGUUCCUAGCCUCGAUGUAUAUUGGCUAUUCAGAACCCAAGCCAAAAAUAUGGCUUAAAUCAUGUUUUGCUACUCUUAAUAAAUUAAAAAAAGAAGGUUUUAAAGAUUUUAUUUUUCUAAAGCUGAAAUAUCUAAAAAAAUCUUGCACUAAAUUAUUUUUGUCUAUUUGCUUUUAGUUUUUAAAGUUGAUGUUGUUCAACAAAUAUUUAAUAUAAAAAUCUAUGGUUGUAUUGGUGAUUCACCUGCUCUUAAACUUAUGGCAAAUAUGGUUGGACAUAAUGGAUAUUAUCCAUGUUACUUCUGCUAUAUCAAAGGCGUACAUAUACGUAAACCACGUAAAAGACAAUAUUAUUACAGUUCAACGAAUGUUCAUCGCACAGUGAACUCAUUUUAUAAUGAUUCAAGGAAAGCUCAACUGAAUAAUCAAAAAGUAUUUGGACAUCUUGGAAUAUCCAUAUUGGAAGAGGUGGUAGACAUCCCUCUACCACAUAGCAUAAUCAUAGACUAUGCUCAUGUUUCGCUGCUUAGACACUUUCGUGAUGUAGUUCGCGUCGUUGCUUCAUCCCUUGCACCUGCUGUACGUGAAAAAAUUGAUGCUUCUCUACGAAAACAACGUUUUCCUCACUUCUUUAAUCGAAAGAUGAGAGGUAUCCAGGAUUUUUCUUUUAUCAAAGCUGCAGAACUUAAGAACCUACUGCUUUAUGGUUUUAUUCCUCAUUUUAUGCCGUAUUUAACUAGUGAUCAAUUAUGUUUUAUAGCAUUAUUUACCAUUGGUAUUCGUCUUCUUCAUUCAGACGAUGUUUUUAGUCCUAAUACAAGUGUCACAGCAAACAAUUUACUUUGUUUAUUGGAUUUAUUUGUAUUGGAACGAAAAGAUCCAUUAUAUUAUGAAUUAUUAAAUUAUCAUAACAAUAAUUGCGAUUGUAAUGAUUUUUAUCAAUGUAUUAAAACAUAUCGUCGAUCAAUUAUAUUUAAUAAAAUGUUUCAUUCGCUUCAGUAUACUAAACGUAAAAAUACAAAUAGUUAUUUCGUACAAUAUCUUUGUGGUCUUAGUCAUUUUAAUUAUGAUCAACCUCCAUCUAAUCGUCUUAAUUUACCAUCAAUAUCAACAUCGUUACCACAUGAAAGUUACAAAACACAAGUUGAUACACCUGGAUUUACUGCUUAUCGAGCUCGUCGUUCUCGUGUUAAUGAUGAUACGUUACGUAAGCGUAAACAGAGUAAAAAUGUUUUGCAACAACAACAAACAAAUAUCAAACGUUUACCUCAAUACGAUGAAGAAGAAGAAAUCGAAUCUAAUCAAAAUAUUCAAUAUGAUUCGGAUGAAGAUGAUCCAUUUGAUGAAAACUUGAUGCAGCAUCAAAAUCGAACAAAUGUACAUCGUUAUGCAACUAAAAACAAAAGUAGCUUCGACGACGUCGUUGAUGAUGAUCCUGAUCCAAAUACUGAAGUGCUUGAUACAAAUAAUGGAGAUCUCUUCAGUCAAGUUUACUUUGAUGAAAAAUUUGAUGAACUGAAAUCAAAGGCUGUCGGUGCUCGUUUCAAAAUUGAUCCUGAUCGUUUUGGUGAUUUUUUUCGAAUUUGUCUGCGAAGAACGCUGAGUCAAAUGAUUUGUGAUAUUCGUCGUUGUCACAGAAUAGCUGAUGGUGUUGGAGCUGAUGAUGGUGGAAUGCAUGGUGUGCCUAGAGCAGGAUUUGGUGUCGACGCAAGAUUGGGUGAUUCACCAUCUGCUGGUCAUCAAUGA